AUGGAUACACGAUGCUUACUGGUGGAGCUUGCAAAGCGAUGUCUUCGUUGUGGUAUCAGUGCAAACUCUACGCCACAUAUGCGUCGUGGCCCGGAGGGACCGAGAACUUUAUGCAAUGCCUGUGGAAUUGCAUGGACAAAGGGUAAAAUGAGAAGAAUGAUCGAUUCUGAUGUUCCUAUAGACAACACUAAUGCAAAAGCAGUGCCAGAAAUUGACAUGGAAUUCGACAGUGAAGAUAAAGCAUAUGAAUUCUACAAUAAAUAUGCCGGUGUUGUAGGCUUCAGUGUACGAAAAAGUUCAUCAGAUAAAUCUUCUGAAAACAUUACUAGAUCUAGGACAUUUGUCUGCUCAAGGGAAGGGUUUCGAAAGGACAAGAAAGGAGCAAAGGAAGUGAAGAGGCCACGGCCAGAAACAAGAAUUGGUUGCCCCGCACGAAUGACAAUCAAAAUCACUCCGAGUGGUAAAUACCGGGUGACAGAAUUCAUACAAGAUCAUAACCAUCAGCCUGCACCUCCAUCAACAACUCACAUGUUAAGAUCACAGAGGAUAGUUACUGAGAUUCAAGGUUCUGAACCAGAUCUCUCAGAUGAUUCAGGAACAACCCCAAAAUCUCAGAAUGAGCCAAGUGCAAGACAAGUUGGAGGCCUUCGAAAUGUCAAUUUUCUUCCUGUAGAUUAUCAAAAUUUUCUAAGAACUAAACGUAUGAAGGCCAUGCAAAUGGGUGAUGCUGGGGCAAUAUUAAAAUACUUACAGAGCAUGCAACUUAAUAACUCAUCUUUCUUUUACGGCAUACAAGUUGAUGAGGACGAUAAAAUGACUAACAUCUUUUGGGCGGAUGCAAAAUCUGUGAGGGACUUCAAAUCUUUUGGUGAUGUUGUUUGCUUAGACACUACUUUCAGAAUACAUGGAUAUGGCAGACCGUUUGCACUAUUCCUCGGCGUCAAUCAUCACAAACAGACUGUUAUCUUCGGUGCAACAUUGAUUUAUGACGAGUCUAUGGAAUCUUUCAAAUGGAUAUUCGAGACUUUCAAGAUUGCAAUGCGAGGGAAACAACCAAAGACAAUUUUGACCGACCAAUCUCCAGUAAUGAGUAGUGCAUUGGCUUUAGCAUGGCCAGGUACAGCUCAGCGUAUGUGUGUGUGGCAUGUGUAUCAGAAUGCUACAAAGCACCUUAACCAUGUAUUCCAAGGCUCAAAAACUUUUGCAAAAGAUUUCAGCAGAUGUAUAUAUGAUUAUGAGGAAGAGGAAGAUUUCUUGUUGGCAUGGAGAGCGUUAAUAGAAAAAUAUGAUCUUAGAAACAAUGAGUGGUUGAGUAAAAUCUUUGAUGAGCGGGAUAAAUGGGCUCUUCCAUAUGGUCGCCAAACAUUCUGUGCUGACAUGAAAACCACAUUACAAGGCGAAACCUUGAGUAGUACACUCAAAAAGUAUUUAAGUCCACAACUGGAUCUCUUGUCCUUUUUUAAGCAUUAUGAAAGAGUUGUGGAUGAGCAUCGUUAUGCAGAACUACAAGCAGAUUUCCAUGCCAGCCAAAGCUUCCCUAGGAUACCUCCUUCCAAGAUGUUGAGACAAGCUGCUAACUUAUAUACACCUGUGGUAUUUGAAAUAUUUAGAAAGGAGUUUGAGAUGUUCAUGGAUUGCAUGCUAUUUAGUUGUGGGGAGGUUGAGACAAUAUCUGAAUAUAGAGUUUCCGUCACAGAAAAUCCUAAAGAGCACUUUGUUAGAUUCGAUUCAACCGAUUGUUCUGCCAUCUGUAGCUGUAAGAAGUUUGAGUUUGUGGGAAUACAAUGUUGUCAUGUGCUGAAAGUACUUGAUUUUAGAAACAUCAAGGAGUUGCCAAUCAGGUAUUUCUUAAAGAGGUGGACAAAAGAGGCCAAGGUCGGAAAUGAGGAUAACCGAGACGUUGCAAAUGAUGAUCUUAGGUCUCCUACUGCCACUUCUUUGCAAGUUCCCUUGCCAUUGCCUUGUGCUCAACAACAGGGUUUUCAUGGCAUGAAUCAAUUUACUCAAGAAUCUCCAGCAUCUGAUUUGCAUCAGCAUUCAUUCCUUGGAACUGCUCAGCUAACCCCGGGUUACAGUACUCCAGCAAUGCACUCGCAAUUUCUCAGGAAUUCUCAUCUGAGCAAUCAAAACAGCGGCCAAAGCCAUUGAUAUUCUGUUUUAGACGAAGAUCAGGUUCUUCAAUGAAGUUAUUUUAUGUCUAUGAGUAGCCAAGGCAUAUGAAA